AUGCCAGCUCCUCUUCCGACGAUCAUUAUCCUAGCCCUUGGUGCGGCCGCUCUGGGCGGCCCCGACGCGCUCCGCGUCCUUCUCGAGUUCACGGGGCAGAGCCCCUGCCUCGACAUCGCCAUCUGCGUAUUCGUCAUGUUCGUGGUCACCGCGUACCUUCUCGGCGCCGUGCUCCUCGUGCGCUUCGUCCGCGACGCGCGGUCCGGAGACGCCGCCGGCGCGGGCGGUGGAGCUCAGGGACACGGGGCAGCGGCGGCGGCCACGGAUUGCCUCGCGCAGGUGAGCCUGCUGGUGUCGGCGUGCGUGGGGUUCCUCGUCGCCGCGUGCCUCAUCGCGCUGCCGUCCGUCACGUUCGGCGGCCUUGGCACACUCAGCUUCUUAACGUACACGUACUUCGACGGCAAGAACUCCUUCGUCGCCGUCGCCGUCGCCGUCAUUGCCGCCGCCGCAUCAGCCACCUCGGUCCGCUUCACCAGGCGUCUGCUCCGCUUCGUUCGCGGUCGCGGGGAGGGAAAUGCAGGGGACGACGGCCACGGCCCCGCCGCGCGCGGGUCGGGGCGCUUCUCCAGGACGAGGCAGACGGGGUGCUUCCUCUUCAUCGCUCUGCUCCUCGCCGCCGUCUCUUCCGCCGCGUCCGGUGGCCUCAACCUCGACGCAAAGCGCAUCUUCCCCGUCUUCCCGUUCCGGAGCUCGAUCACCAACGUCUACGUGCCCGUUGGCGUCGCAAUCGCCACGGUCGCUGGCACAGCGCUUGUCGUCCGCUUCUCCCGCAGGGUGCGUAAUGCCGCCGGAGGGGGCGGCCUCCUCGCUAUGCCGUACGCGCACUCCCAGUCCGGGAGCGAGUCGGACGGCGGGGAGCACGCAGACUCUGCUUGA